CAGAAUGAACGAAGUUGAAUCACAGGUUUCUUCUCAAAAUCUAAUCUAAAGUAUCCGCGUAGCGUGUGAAGUUUCAACAGAGUUUUACUUUUCUUCCCUAUAACUGGGUCACCGCUUCCGAAUGAGAAGGAAAAUUUUCAAAAUCAUCACGAUUGAGGGCAGAAAAAGAAAGGAAUCAUAGUUUCUUACUUGAUUCAAAGCUUUAAAUAGCUAUAUUUAUAAUUUGUUCUGCGCUUUGAAGGUGAAAUUGAGCAACUGUCAUGGAGACACGGCAAGAGUUGGAGUGGGCUGAAGCACAGAAAAUCGUGUUAAGCGAAAACCUCGUUGCUACGGCUAAACAACAGCUUCAGUUUCUUGCAGAGGUUGAUAGAAAUCGUGACCUUUAUGAUGAUGGCCCAUUGUUGCGCAUGGCUGUUUACAGGUAUAAAUAUUGUUGGCUUCCUUUACUGGCCCAACAUACUGAGUCACCUGUGACAGAAAUCCCUUUGGUUGUGCCUCUUGAUUGUGAAUGGAUUUGGCACUGUCAUAGGCUUAAUCCGGUGCGUUACAAAACUGACUGCAUGGAACUUUAUGGGAGAAUUUUAGGCAAUUCGAAUGUGUUAUCUUCAACUCAGGGAACCAGCAAAGAGGAAAGUGAGAAAGUCUGGGAUUCAAUGUAUCCAAGUGAGCCAUAUGAACUUGUUGGUCUAAACAAUCACUCAUUACAAGGUUUUGCUGAAAACUUCUUGGAAGCCAAACAAAGUACCAUCAAUUAUGAUCUGAUUUCAGCAGUUAAAAGACAGACAACUUUCUUCUAUCAGGUUUCCAGGCCUUAUUGGAAAGUGGAUACUUUUCUUGAAGGAGCUGUGGCCAGAUACAAGGGGUUUCUGCAUUUGAUAAAGAGGAAUAGAGAGAGGCACGUAAGCCGCUUCAGUGUUCCAACUUAUGACAUUGACCUCAUAUGGCACUCUCACCAAUUGCAUCCCGUGUCUUACUGUAACGAUCUAGUGACAAUUAUGGGCAAAGUAUUAGAACAUGAUGACACAGAUUCUAAUAGGACCAAGGGCCAAAAGCUGGAUGUCGGCUUUUCUGAAACCACCAGACAGUGGGAAGAGACAUUUGGUUCAAGAUACUGGAAAGCAGGAGCAAUGUACAGGGGUAACCCCCCUUCUCCUCUUACUGUUGAUAAGUAUAAGAUAGUUGGUACUCACCACUUCUGUUCGGCUCCAUCCAAUAACACGAACCAAAAUCUGAUUCAACUUCCACAGAAACUGCUUGUGCAGGUGAUGCUUGAGAUUGUUGACGUGAGAAACUUACCAUCCGAGCAUAAAGGCAAGCUAUUUGUGUCCUUCCACAAGAAACAGGAAGAUGCGCUUUUCAAUACCAAGAAGCAAUUAAGCAUUUCCUCAAAGUCACAAGGGAAACAAGUUGCUGUUUUCCAAUGUGAAAGUAAUGGAGAGUUACUCCUUGAACUCAUUUCUCGCCCAAGUUUUAACUUUAGAGGACUAAAGCUACACAAAGUAUUGGGAAAAACUUCAAUCAAUUUGGAGGAUUUGCAAAAUGUAGCAUCUAAACUGCCAAUAGAAAAAUGGUUAGAUUUGAGAUGUAAAGUCAAUCGGUCAAAGCCUAUUAGCAUUCGCAUUGGUUUGUCUUUAACUCCUCCAGUUUCAGUACCGUAUGAGCUGCACUUUGUUUCUAUGCUUCCUUUCAAAAAAAGUUAUUUUUCCUUCCUACUUCCGAGAAGGUCCCAGCAAAUUAAAUGUUGGACAAAUAUAAAUGUUGUGAAUGAAGCACGCAAUAAGAUAAUCAACAUCCAGACAGGGAACCUGUCAACUGAGAACACAAAGAGUAGUAUCAAUAAAAAAGUUAUUGGCCGGACUGCAUCCGGUAACACCCAUCUUCUUGCCGAGUUAAAAGGAACAGUCUGGUCUAUGAUGAACUCUAAUUGGGUGUUACAGAUAAAGAAGACCGGUGAUGAAGAUAAACGUUUAUUUGAGCUAUUUGAGCUCACAGGCACUCGGAAUUUGGUUAUUUUUCCUGGGAGAAAAUUGGAGUAUGAAACUAGAAACUAUGGAAAUGAUGAAGAAAGUUGUUUGAUGACAGCAGUAAAAUUCUCUCCAAAAUAUCCUUAUGGAAAAGCAGUGGCUUUGAUGGAUUUAGAAUACGGAUUUCUGGAGAUAAAGGAGGAGUGGCUGGUAUUGCCUGCGAUAUUGUCUGCAUUUAUUCUCUCUAAUUUUCCAGAAUUCACUAAUGAGAGUAAGGAAGAAAAUGGCACGUAAUAGAAACAGGUGAUUUGAUGAAAAAGCUGCAGAAAAAUGCAGAUGGGCAAAUGUUAUGUCACUUUCCUCUAGAAAAACGCCCCAGUAUAGGCCACUUGUCCAAAUAAGUUUCUAAUAUUUCAUGCAAUUCACUUGUCGGCACAGCACAAUUACACAAUAAAAUAUUUCUGGGAAGUUUAGACCUGUGUGUAUGUACGGUAAGAACAACUUUUUAAGGAACUGACACCUUGCUGUAAUCAGUUUUAGCUUCAGAAAAACAA